GCAAGAUUUUAGGUCACUAGCAGUACCUUCUUUCAGAGUUUUGUACUUUUUAGUUCUACAUAAGACAAACAGUCUUGCAUCAAACUACUCUUUGAGUAAAUACAAUUAGAAACACAUGCACAUUUCUUUUAAAACUCAUCAACUGACUUGAUCCUAGAAUGAGCUAAUUCUCAGUUGUUUAUAACUAAGCUAAAAGUGGCCUGUAGCUCUUUAUCAAACACUUUGUGUCUUGAAUCAGUGGCACUUAUUUCUAAGUGAAUAUUUUUGUACGUUUUUGCAUCAUGACCCCGUCAGUCUGCUCCUUGAACUAUUCAAGGAGGCCAUUGAAAAGACACAUUGUUUCUUAAGGUUGGACAUUGAGUCUGUCUUCAGCUCUGUUCACUGCGUAGGAGACUUGAGAGAGCAGAGCAGUCUGUGGCAUUAUACUGAAGCACAGCACAUCACUGCUGCUUACAGACAUGGGUUGUUAUGAAUGCUGUAUGCGCUGUCUGGGAGGAGUGCCUUACAUCUCUCUGGUGGCCACUCUGCUGUGUUUCUCUGGCAUUGCUCUGUUCUGCGGCUGUGGACAUCAGGCCCUUACAGAAAGCGAAAGACUUAUCGAGACUUACUUCACCCGUGACCAUCAGGACUACAUCACCCUAGCGUACCUUAUUGAGUAUUUUCAGUACAUCAUCUAUGGUCUGGCCUCCUUCUUCUUCCUAUACUGUAUAGUCCUACUGGCUGAAGGCUUUUACACCACCAGUGCAGUUCGGCAAUCAUUUGGAGAAUUUCGUAGUACAGUUUGUGGUCGCUGUCUCAGCACAACUUUCAUUGUGAUCACGUAUGUCCUGGUUGUGGUCUGGUUGCUGGUGUUCUCCCUCUCUGCGCUUCCUGUCUAUUUUUUCUACAACAUGGCAAACACCUGUCACACUAUCAACAUCCUCUCUGAAACACCCUCCAGCAUCAACCAGCUGUGCAUUGAUGCCAGACAGUAUGGUUUACUUCCAUGGACCGCAGUACCAGGAAAGGCUUGUGGGAUGACCCUGUCUAAUGUCUGCAAGACAAGAGAGUUUUUCUUGACCUAUGAUCUCUACAUCGCUGCCUUCGCUGGAGCGGGGAUGACAGUCUUGGCUCUGCUCACAUACACUGUGUCCACCACCUAUAACUUUGCAGUUCUGCGGUAUCUGGGGAGGAAAGGCAUCAGUCCACGCUGUUAACAGCUGUUUUGUCCUGGUGUCCUUCAACAUCUCUUGAAAGGACUGAGAAAAGCCUAAACAAUGGAUCAGCCCCUCUUUGUUAGAGGAAAACACUGGCACAGACCCAUGCUAGGGGUCAGCUUACGCGUCAGAAGAUAUCGCCCACUGACAAAGAGGCUUCUGGGACUUUUCAGCUGCUUGAAUAAAAGCCUUUCUGUGACCGGUGCACAGAUGCGGCUAAUGAUGUUUGAGCAGGUAUUUUGCUGCAGAGGCCGUCGUUGCUAAUAGUGUUUUGUGGCUGGGAUACUUCACUGAAAAUCGAGAGCAAAAGACACGAAGGUAGAAAACAAAAAUCGAAAAAAGCAGCCUUAUCAGCCGUAGCUUAAUUUUGUUUCUAUUCUAUAGAUAUAACUUUUUUUUUCUUUACAAAA